CUCAUCUCCGGACCGGGAUAGCCGCGUCUUCUUCAGCGAGAUAUUCGAACUCCAGGACAAUGAAUUCCGCUACGUAUGCGACGAGCCGUCGGUGAUGUGCUUCUCGGUGACGACGCGAAACGGAAGUGACGCUGGCUGUUACGAGACGAGCACCGUCGUGCGGGACGACGAGUGCGAGUGCAAAGGAUCCGGCCCCGGCGUCGCCCCGAAGAAGCUGAUUUCUGCCGACCCCCAGCUCGCCAAGCUGUUCAUCGGCAUCGUCUCAUUGGGGAAGAAGAAAAAGCGGCCGAACGCGACAAAGUGCUCGGAGUCCAACUACAUUGGCUACGUCGACGCCGACAUGGACGUCAAGCCGGUAGCUCUCGCAGCGUUUUCGGGACUCGAUGUU